AUGGUUCUACUUUUUAUCGUUGUCUUGCAUUUUGUCACAUGUUCUUGUAAAUCGGAUGCCAAGAUCUUGCUCAAAUUAAAGGAGUCCAUUAGAGAUAGCGGUGCAUUGUCUAGUUGGAAAGAUUCAAAACCUCCAUGCAAUGGUGAUAUUGAGAAUUGGGUUGGAAUUUUAUGUGCAAAUGGGACUGUAUGUGGAGUGAAGCUGGAGAAUAUGGGGUUGGGCGGUGUGAUUGAUGUAGAUGUCCUCAAGGAAUUGACAAAUUUGAGGACUUUAAGCUUGAUGAACAACAAAUUUGAUGGCUCGUUGCCAAAUAUAACUCAACUUUUUGCUCUGAAAUCUAUUUAUUUUUCCGGCAAUCAGUUUUCAGGCGUGAUCCCAAUUUACAUUUUCGAUGGGAUGUUAUCUCUCAAGAAAAUUCAUUUGGCACGAAAUAAGUUUUCCGGUGAGAUUCCUCAAUCGUUGAUCACAUUGCCUAGGUUGAGUGAGUUGAUGCUUCAGGAUAAUGAGUUUGAUGGAGAAAUACCUCAGUUUCAGAAUGGAAUGUUGAAAUUGUUCAAUGUUUCCGAGAAUGAAAUGACCGGUGAAAUCCCUCGUAGCCUUGGACAUAUGAAUGUUUCAUCAUUUUCAGGUAACAAAGACCUAUGCGGAGCGCCACUCGAAUCAUGUGCUCCGGCCAAGCUUUCCAUAGGAACAAUAAUAAUUGUCGUGAUACUCGUGGCUUUGGCAGUAGCGGCACUCAUUGCAGUCGUCAUCAUUCUCUCCCGGAGGAAGCAAAUGCCAGAGCAAGAACGAGCAACAGUAUCCCCUCCCGGGCGCCGGAAAGCUUUCUCUACCGAUCUAGACAAAAUGGAACAAGGGACAGCAUCGACAGAGAAAAGUCAAAACGGCAAGAAGGGUGUUAACAAUAUAAAGCUCACAUUUCUUCAAGAUGGCAGGGAGAAAUUCAAUAUGGGGGAUCUGCUAAAAGCCUCGGCGCAGAUUCUGGGCAGCGGCAUAUUCGGGUCGACAUACAAGGCUGCGCUGAACGCCGGACAGGCAAUGGUCGUGAAAAGAUUCAGGCAUAUGAAUAAUGUUGAGAAUGAAGAGUUUUACGAACAUAUGAGAAGAUUAGGGAGGGUGAAUCACCAGAAUGUGCUUCCUAUUGUGGCUUUUUACUACAGGAAAGAGGAGAAACUAUUGGUUUAUGAUUUUAUGGAGAAUAUCAGCCUUGCUGUUCAUCUCCAUGGUAACACAACUCGUGGGCGUCCAUGUCCGGACUGGCCAACCCGUUUGAAUAUUAUCAAAGGAGUAUCCAAAGGUCUCUCAUACCUCUACAAUGAGCUCCCAAGCCUAAUGGCACCACACGGCCACCUUAAAUCCUCAAACAUUCUUCUCGACAGAUCCUACAACCCCAUGCUCGCAGACUAUGGAUUGAUUCCAGUCGUGAAUCAAGACCGUGCACAGGAGCACAUGAUUGCAUACAAGUCGCCUGAGUACAAGAACAACGGCCGGAUCACCAAGAAAACCGACGUGUGGAGCCUUGGGAUGUUGAUUCUAGAGACCAUGACCGGAAGAUUUCCAUCGAGUUUCUUCCAACAAGGUAGCAAAGGAAACGAAACGGAUUUGGUAAGCUGGGUUGAAUUCAUGGUUAAAGAAGGGAACGCAGAUGUUGAUCAGGUGUUCGAUAAGAAUAUGGGCCGAAAGGAUAAGAGUAAAGGGGAAAUGACGAAACUUUUGCAGAUAGGAUUGAAUUGUUGUGAAGAAGAAGUGGAUAAGAGGUGGGAUUUGAAAGAGGCAGUUGAAAGGAUUGAACAAGUGAAGGAGAAGGAUAAUGAUCAAGAAUAUAAUUCAAGAGGAUUGUCCAAAUGA